UAUUAAUACAAACAGUUUAAGAGUGUGCGUCGCGUAGUGUUGUGGGCGGGCGUUGUGGUCAGUAGGGAGAACCUUGCGGGACACCAGCCCAACCAGUUGCAGUCAACUCCCAACUUCUUCAUCUCCUACACUUCACUUCUACUCUCUUGUACAACACAGCAUUGAUUUAGUUCACAGGGAGGAACAAUGGUACACCAGCCGUUGCUCUGUGUGACCAAUUACUGAACUAGCACCUGCUAGGCGUGGGCAGGAAAACGGAAAUAGCGGGGUGGUGUGGGCAGGUGGGUCCAGCCAUCAUCACCAGGUCGCCCCGAUGCACACACUCGCCCACUCACUCACCUACACUCUCUGGCUGUCCAGUUAGUCGUGUCCCUCAGUGCUGGCAGGUGGAGGUGUGCUCCUUCUCCGCGGACUCUUCGCUUCCCUACACUUGUUUUAACAUAUCAAUACAAGCACAGUUCUUUGUUAUGAAUAUAUGCUAAUAUUGAACAAAAUACAAGUCCUCAAAAAACAAAAACAUAAUGAUCUAUCAAGUGUACAUAAACGGUAAAUGUAACGAGGGCGAGGUAAAGUGAUCCUUGGUGAUGAGACAGUUUGGUCAUGGCCACGGUCAAGGAACCAUGAAAGUGUACGUACCAGCGAUCACCCCCAGCAGCCACCAGGUGUUCCUCCCAACAACACCUUACUACCUCAGGAUAUGUAAGCCCAACCACACUCGACCGGCCGAUAUGAACAUCCAGACAUUUUCCUUACGACAAGCGCUGAAGGAACUGUUCUCUCAGCUGCAGUACAGCCAUGAGUCUGCGUUGCCGCCAGACGCGCUGCGCCGCGCACUCGCCCAGACCUUCUACAACCAACAACGGUUCCAGCUGGGCUUCAUGGACGAUGCCGCUGAAUGCUUUGAAAAUAUCUUACUACGAAUCCAUUUCCACGUGGCGAGUGGUGAGGCGGAGGACAUGUGCAGCGCUCGCCAUUGUAUCCCCCAUCAGAGGUUCGCCAUGACACUGGUGGAACAAAGUGUGUGUGGGGACUGUGGAGCCACCUCAGAGCCCCUCCCCUUCACCCAGAUGGUACACUAUGUGUCGGCCUCUGCCCUCACUGCCCAGGCCCGGCAGAUGAAUGACCCCGGUGGUGGCCCUCAGACACAGCAGCAGCCACUAGAUAUGUUUGGCCAGCUCCUCAAGAAGGCAGGCGGGAUGGGUGACAUACGUGACUGUCCUAGCGCUUGUGGGGCCAAGAUCCAGAUCUGCCGCACACUGAUGAACCGACCAGAGAUUGUGUCCAUCGGUGUGGUGUGGGACUCUGAGCGGCCCACGCUGGAACACAUCAUGGCGGUGUUUGCCACGGUAGGCACCACACUCAGGCUGAGAGACGUCUUCCAGAGUGUAGUGGACGACCGCUGGGCACAACAUACCCACCACCAGCUUGUUGGAGUUGUCACUUACUACGGCAAACAUUACUCCACAUUUUUCUACCACACAAAACUGCGUGUGUGGAUCUACUUUGACGAUGCUACAGUUCGUGAAAUUGGACCACAUUGGGAGCAAGUUGUUGACAAAUGCAGACGUGGUCACUUCCAGCCACUCUUGUUGUUGUAUGCCAACCCUAGCGGGACACCUGUACCUGUGGACAGUGCCCCACGGACAGUGACGCUGGUGCCAGGACACCGCCCACACACCCGCACUUCACAGCCUUCCCUCAAACCCACCAAUGGUACUGGGGAGCCGUACUCCCAGACCUCCACGCGCCGUGCAGUCACGCCCAACCCAGAGAAGUGUGGGGAUGGAUCAGGACCAACUCCCCGCCGAGCCAUCACGCCCAGCCCAGAGGUGGCUGCCCAGCGUGACACCCACAGGGACUAUCAAAAUAUCCAUGCCCUUGCUGCCCACAUAUACCAAGAUGGUAACAGUGAGGCUCACAAUGAUGACGUGUUUGAGGCUGGCACUUCCAACUAUCGGCGACAGCUGGAGAGCAUCAAACAGAGCGGCACUGUCCUCCCCAACAAGCCGACCAUCCCUGGCCGGGGACGACUCGAUUCAGACGACUCGGUCUACGCUGGUAGACGGAAUGAUCCACAGCGACAGGAACGACAGCGCUCAGUCAGCUGUAAUGGCUACAACCAGCAUGGUAACCGUAACAGUAACUCCUCACUGGAACAAUUCGAGAAAGAUGGCUUAAAAAUGCCUGAGGGUAGUAAUGUGCCAAGGCGUCGAGACUCUGGUAACUGGAGUGGUGACCGUAACAGCGCAUCCUCCUCCUCAUCCACAUCAUUAGAACAUCCUUACUUGUUUAUAGUGGGGAAGGCAGGUCGACAGCCACCUUCACCCACCACGAAGGCUCCACCUAGCCCCUCCCGCACCGACCACCCAGAGUAUGCAAACCUUGGCGUGGGCGUUCCACCACAACAUGCCCACGCCCUUAACUCCACGGGACAACCUCCUAACACGGCCCCCAAUGGACAAUAUGACCCUGGCUAUGACUCCUACUCACUCUCCUCGAAUGACUCCUAUCCUAUCCAACAGAACCUGAAGCAUAACUUACAGCUUCAGCAGAUCCCUGAGUGUGUGCAGGCGAGUGACAGCCCUGGCACCUACACUGGAGGGAGUCAGCAGGAUAGUAGCAGUGUCAGCACACUUACGGAGAGUGAGACUGGCGGUAACUGUGAGACCCUCUGCCUGGCAGCAGAUUCCCUGCUUGAAGAGGCCCGCGCCCGUGAGGAAUCUGGAGAUCUUUCGGGUGCCCUGGAUCUGUGCAAUGCAGCAGCAGCCAAGACCCGAGCAGCUAUGGACGCACCCUACAACAAUGCACACUCCCUCACCUUCGCCCGCAUGAAACAUAAUACAUGCGUCAUGCGUGCCCGCUCCCUUCACCGCCGCAUCCUCAUCCAGGAGGAGACUGCUGCCUGGGAGGGCCAGUAUAAACUUGAUGGUCCCCACCACAGUCGACAAGGCUCACGAGACUCCCAGAGGUCACGGACCAGCCGCCAAGGAUCAAGAGAAGGGUCAGUCCACCACAGUAGACAGGGAUCACGUGAUGCUUCCAGUGGGUCACAGGCCAGGUCACAAGACCAACUGGACACAGCCGUUACCCUUGCACAGACAGCUGAGAAACUUCAGAACACUAACAUAGAAAUUUAUGCCACACUGCCCAAGAAAAAAGGGAAAAAGUUAUCAUCCGAGAAGAUCUCCAGGAAAGAUGAUGUUGAGAUACAGCUGGAGAAGUCAAAGGACAAGAAGAAUACCGACAAAACGAAGGACAAGUCACACAAGGAGAAGAAGAGUGGUAAGAACCGCGCAGUUGACAGUGACUAUGGCAGUGACCAUAGUUCAAAGAGCUCUAAGAAAAGCCUUGACAAAGAUGAUGUUAAUGCAAUUGUUGAAGUAAAAGAAGAAAAGUCUAUUGGUAAGAAGCAGCAUAAGAUUCGCCGGAAGCUGCUCAUGGGCGGCCUCAUUCGGCGUAAGAACCGCAGCAUGCCAGACCUUCGAGAGGGCCAGGAUGGGGAAAACCCCAAAUCUGCUACAGAUGACCUGGAAGUUCGUAGUUUCUCACGGCCAACCACACCUUCUGGUGAGAAGACCAUGGCUGGGUACCUGAGUGAAGGCCAUCUGGAGUACAGUAACCCAAACCUUGAGCGUAGUAAACUCAUGAGAAAGAGUUUCCAUGGGAGUGUUGGUAAGGGUUUGUCACCUGCCAAGAACACAGCUGCUACUAAAGUGCCUCCACCCAUCCCUCAACGCAUCACUUCCCAACUUUCUCACAAGAAUGAAAAGAACAGCAGAAAGGAGGACAAGAAGCGUGAAAAACGACCACCUUACCCUCUACCACCGAGUGAUCGUCAGGUUGAAGAUCCUCCAGCACUCCCUCCUCGUUGCUAUACACCAGAGAUCGUCAACAACAAUAACAACAUGCUUAAAAGUGAACCACAAUCCUUGUCGUACCUUCACACUCAGAUGCCGCAGUAUGACAUGUACCAGACUAAUUCCCUUCCCUACAGUGGACCUCUGUAUACAGAUCAACAACAGCAGGUGCCGCAACAGCCACCUGGCACACCCACACAGAUCACCAUCUGUGCUGAUGUCCAUCAGGAAGCUACCCCAAGGGAGCCUCAACAACAGUCAUAUCAGAUGCAUCAGCAACAACAACAGCCUCAUGAACAAGAGGAGCAUCUGCGUCACCAACAAGAACAGGCUCACCAUGUACAUCAAGAUCACCAGAUGCACCAACAGCCACAGCUAAACCAUCAACAACUAUAUGAACAACAAAAUCACCAGAUGACUAAUCACCAGUCUAAGGCUCAAAUUAAUACUACUCCUUCCUGGCCCAGUAUUGCUCACUCACGACAGAGUAGUGAGGACUUUCCUCCUCCCCCUCCUCCACUGGAGGAGGCCGUGGAGGAUCUUAAGAUCAGGGGACUUCUGCCCCCACCCCCACCGGUGUCCAGGGCUAACCCCGAGGCCCUUAAUGCCCCAGAACCCUCAAGUCUACUGGCGCAGUUGCAACAAAAGCGACAGCAGAUAAUUGAGAAUAAAGAAACUGUGGGCGCAACCAAUGAUGAUCGGGUUAAGACGUCAAAGAGCAGCAGUGAUUGGCUACAAGAACUGCAGGCUAAGCAAGCAGCUAUGCGGAAGAAGAUGCAGGACCAGAAUGGACCCGGUUCAGGGGCUAAAAAUGAUGUGAAGGAUAAUGACUGUAGUGUUAACCGAGAGAGUGGCACAACUUCUGUGCGAAAUUUGGCCUCAAAGUUUGAAAAUGUGAGCAUGAUCUCAAGUAAAACUGAGGUGGGAACUGAUGAGGUAGACAGCAGCACUGCUCCACCUCCAGCUGUAACUCAGCAACCAGCCCGCGAGGAGAUCAGCGAGAGACAACGAACAGUGAGUAAGGAGUUGUUCACAAGGGAAUAUACUCAGUGUAACUCCCUCCAACUCCCCUCCCACAGUGGACACGAGAGUAGACUUAGCUGCUCAUACCGGACACGAAAUGAACAUAGUGAAAGUGCUAAUGGUAGUUGUAAGGAUAGUGUAAGUGACGGUGCCAAAGAAGAUUCUGAAUUGAACACUAGUACAGAUACAAACUCCAGUGAUGGUGCAAAAAAGAAAAAGUCUAAGAAAAGUGUCACGUUCUGUGAUCAAGUGGUUCUAGUAGCAACAGCAGAAGAUGAGGAGGAGGAUGCAUACAUCCCUAAUCCAAUUUUAGAAAGAGUACUAAAAUCAGCCUUGACUUCUUCAUCAUCCAUGUCGGACACAGACACCUCAUCUUGUGGGGAACCUGUCAGUCCCAGGACGAACUGUGCGCCAUCACAAACAAAAGCAAAUGUGCCCACACCACAGGUAAGCCCACAUUACCCAUCUGUAGGAAACUCACAGGCUCAGCCUCAACAACACUCUUACAUUCAGUCACACCCUUCAACCCAAACUCACAGUGGCCAAGGCUACCAUACCCAACCACCUCACAACCCACCACACCAUCCCCAAUCUCAUCCCCAUCCACCACAGUCUUAUUCAACCCAGUCCACUAGCCAACAGCCUCAUCCAUCCCAAGGCUAUCCUAGCCAGCCCCUGCCUACACAGCAUCACCCUGUAACGGCUCCUUCACAAGCCCAUCAUGGCCACACUCACCCAACACACACCCAUGGGCAGCAGUAUCAGCAGUCCUCACAGAACAACAGUGCUCAGGUGAGAUUACCACCCCCUUACCAACCUCCUCCCAGUGUGUCUCAUCACCAGGGUACCGCCAAGACAGUAGGUACUCACGGCCCCCAGACUCACCCACAAUCCAGUCAGGUGUCGCACCCUCAAGCAUCACAUGGACAGAGUCAGAGCUGGACCCUCACUAAUGGUUUGCAUCCUUCUCAGAUGCCCCAUCUUCUCCCUGGUCAACAUACAACCAGACCAGGACAGCAACAGCCACAGCAUAUCAGACAUAUACCAGCACAACAGCAGCAGACUACACAUUAUCAGCCUCAACAGCAGCAGCAGUCCCAGCAAAGACAAACAGUCGGGCCUUACCCAGGGAUGAUGACCCGCCAGAAUAGUAGUCUAGGGUUGCAGCAUCACACAGAGACAGAAAGAACAUAUCCUCCAUAUCAGCGUGUACCUCACCCUAGCCCUGUACAAGGACAAUCCCAGGCACACACACAGUCUCAUCCACAAAACCACUCACAGACUCAUCCACAAACACACUCACAGUCACACCCACAGACUCAGACUCACCACCAGAAGAUGCACCCUCAAAUACAUCAAGCUAUGCACCCCUCAGGUCGCUCUGGCCACCCACCUCACAGCCACCCAGGAACUACUGGUCAACCAAACAGCUACUCUGCUUACACGUCUGCUGGGGCCUUUAGUCGUCAACAACAGUCCAACCAUCCGGCACAGCAGCAGCAACAGACCACACUCAGCCACUCACAACAGUCGCAGCCACAACAGCAUGGGUCUGGGUAUGGAAGUGUCGGCAGGGGAGGUGUUAAGGGAGGACCAAAUCACUUCUGUGGCCCCCUGGACCCUUCUGCUAUUUACUCCACAGUGAACAAAUCUUCCAAGAAGCCAACUGCAGCACCACCCAGCACAGGCUCGGCUCUACAGCCCUGUAAUUUGUGCAGAAAAAAGUGUGUUAACCCGUCCUCCACUUACUGUAAUGACUGUGACUUCUACAUGUCCAGGUUCAAGCCUAAAGUAUAAUACUCAAUCAUUUCGUCGUAAACACGUAUGUCGUAACAAUCCCACAUGUAAUAAUUCUCAAAUACGUCAUAAAUCUCAUUUACUCCUAUUAUUCUCAAAAGCAAAAGACAUGACAAUAGUUGUAAAGGCUAAUGAGCAUCGCGUAUCAGUGAUGACCGGCAUUAGAGGGACGUGGUGUAGGAGCGAGUCACCUGGUCAUGGAUAAGGACCUGUGAUGAUCAAGUGACUCGCCACCACCCCCUCACCCGUGUGGUACCAGUGUUGUGAUUCUUACCAUUAAUUUAUAUUAAAUGUUUAAUAUUCUAAUGAAAUAUCGAACUGUACCUGCUAGACAUGAUUAGAGACAUUGGUACCACUCCCACAUGCUGACUACGUGAUGUACUACAAGUACCUGUACUGUCACGAUUCGAUUCUCUGUACUAGUGUUACAUUAUUGUGCAGCACCAGGCUUCCUGUGUUGACUAGUGCUCCACUAUAUGGAGUAGCACCAAGCUUCCUGUGUUGACUAGUGUUCUACUAUAUGGUGUAGCACAAGGCUUCCUGUGUUGACUGGUGCUCCACUAUAUGGUGUAGCACCAGGCCUCCUGAGUUGGUUAGUCCUCCACUUUUUGAUGGAGCACUGCCUGUGUUCUCAAGAUGGGUGCUCCACUUUCGUGAAGUUAAGAAUCUUCUUUCAUUGUGAUAAUAUGUUAUGGAUCUCAAUAUUGGCUUGUUUUUAAGCUUUAUUGCUGUUAUUAUAUUAUAUUUGUAUUUAUUGUACAGUCAAAAGCUUUUUUUCUGCACACUUGUUCGUGCGAUUGUGAAUCUGACCAUGUUAUGUGCCAAACUGUGUAAAUAUCUUGUAUAAAGAAAUUAUUACUCUAUACAAUGUACUGUACAUAUCGGCAGCUUUUGUAUGUUUUGUAUCAAACGGAGCUCUAUGACGCUA